CGAGCUGCCGCAGCAGCAGCAGCCAACGCGGUGAGUGCGUCCGGCAGCAGCAGCAGCAGCAGCAGCAGCAGCAGGACACGGUGAUACCUGACUCCGGAUUAAAAACCCGCAAAUACCGAUGGCUUCAUGUGUAGAUGUUUCGGCAUGUGGAUUGAGCCCUUAAUGCUGUUGUGACACCGAGGACCAGAUUCCAGUGAAUCCCUGUAAACACCAGUUCACAUUCAUACAGAUGUUGCUGAGCCACUCCAGCUCCUCACCAGGCACAAUGAGAGGCUACCUGCUCACUGCAAUUUUCCUCCUGCCCUUGGUGGCCUCAGAGUCUGAGCACUGUAUAAUGCAGCGUGAGCAUGAGAAAUGUAUGGACAUGAUGUUGAUGCACAACCCAGAUGGCGCCGAAUUCGUGUGUCCGUGGAUGUGGGACAACUUUACCUGCUGGCAGGCUGCCGACGUUGGCGAGGUUGUGACGGUGAACUGUCCAGACCUCUUUCAUGACUUCAUGACCCCAAAAGAAGAAAUUGGGAAGGUCAAUCGGAACUGUACAGAGUAUGGCUGGUCUGAGCCUUAUCCUCACUAUUUGGACAUCUGCUAUCUUGUCGAAAACACCACAAAACAAGACCCGUUUUUUCCAUCUGUCAAAGCCCUGUAUACAGUUGGGUACAGCACGUCACUGGUCUCUCUAACUACAGCCAUGGUCAUUCUCUGCAGAUUUAGGAAGCUGCACUGCACCAGAAACUUCAUUCACAUGAACCUGUUCGUGUCCUUCAUCCUGAGAGCCAUCUCUGUCUUUAUCAAGGAUGGUGUGCUGUACUCCCAGGAAGAAAGCGACCACUGCUUCGUGCAUACAGUGGCGUGCAAAGCAGUGAUGAUUUUCCUCCAUUACUGCGUCAUGUCCAACUAUUUCUGGCUGUUCAUUGAGGGCCUGUAUCUCUUUACUCUGCUGGUUGAGACCUUCUUCCCCGAGAGACGCUAUUUCUACUGGUACACCAUUGUUGGGUGGGGAACCCCAACCAUUUGUGUGACUGUCUGGGCCGUUCUGAGGCUUCAUUUCCAUGACACUGGAUGCUGGGAUACAAAUGAGCACACUGCCCUCUGGUGGGUGAUUAAAGGACCUGUUGUGGCUUCAAUAAUGAUCAAUUUUGUCCUCUUUGUCGGAAUCAUCAUCAUCUUGGUGCAAAAGCUGCAGUCCCCUGAUAUUGGAGGAAAUGAGUCCAGCAUUUAUCUCAGCUGUGCUCAGAAAUGCUUCAGUGAGCCCACACAGGCUGUUCAGCAUUCGUGCAGGAUGUCAGAGUUAUCCACCAUCACACUCCGUCUGGCACGCUCUACUCUCCUUCUCAUCCCGCUGUUUGGUAUUCACUACACCGUCUUCGCCUUCUCGCCUGAGGAUGUCAGCAAGAGGGAGAGGCUGGUCUUUGAGCUGGGCCUUGGAUCCUUCCAGGGCUUUGUGGUAGCUGUUCUCUACUGCUUCCUCAAUGGAGAGUUUCUCCCUGAAGGUGCAGUCAGAGAUCAAGAGGAAAUGGCGCAGCUGGACGGUGAACCGGUACUUUGCUGUGGAUCUGAAGCAGCAGAGGCACCCUUCGUUGGCCAGCAGUGGGGUGAACGGCGGGACUCAGCUGUCGAUCCUCAGCAAGAGCAGCUCGCAGAUACGCAUGUCCAGCCCGUUGGCGGAGAACGCCAACAUCAGCCUGCCGACCUGAGCGUCUGAUCGUCCAGAGUCGACUUCAAGGUGCCCUUACACUUUCAUCAGACCAACCAGAGCAGACCAAAGUGGCCCCUUGCAAUUCUUAUAUUUUCUACUUUAUAAAAAGGAAAAGCAUUUUACUAAACAUGUUCAGUUUUAUUUGGGUAUACUACAAUAAAAUAGAAAUAUUUAUUUAGCAGAGAACUGAGGUGGAAAUUCUUUUCUAAUUAAGAUAGAAAUAUUUAUUUAGCAGAGAAUUGCGGUGGUAAAUUAUUUUCUAAUUAUCGCAGCACCUUAUCAUUUUCAAUCAAAUUCGAUUUCAAUUCCCUACAAGCAAAAGCUUCUCAGAAAUGUAAACAAAUGAAGACUGUGCCAUAAGAAAGACACUAAUUUUGUGAAUCGUUUCAGAAAGGUGACGCUUUAUUGUUAAAUGUUUGGGGGGUCAUGUUUGAUCUGUUUGCAUAAACUAAAUGUGCUUCGAAGUGCCAUACAGUUCGCCUGACCGGAUAUCACUACAGUCCAAAGUUGAAACAAAACAAAACAACCAAAAGCUCGCCUUGCUUGUACAAAACGCUCAACGUUUAUAUGUAAAUGUUUCAUCUUUGAAUUAAAACAUGUUUCUUAAAUCAGCCGUAAGUACAAAGUAUGUCAAAAUACACUCAUUUUGAAUAUAUAUAUAUAUAUAUAUAUAUAUAUAUAUAUAUCAAACUCAUAGGUUAUGUAAAUAGUUACUUUUAGUGUCUAGAUUAGAUCUCUUUACAUAACAGCAUAUUGUAAGGACCUUUUCAAACAAAAGGAACUGGAGCCCAAAUCUGUAGAGUCCAUCACGUAUGCAGGGGACCCAGUGCUUCAUGCUCUCUCUAGUCUGGUGCUUUCCUUUAUAGGAAACAAGAAAGGUAAACACGUAACGUCAAAGCUGGGAGAAUAACUACAGAGCAGUAAUUGCCAACUUUUUUCCCCCCGUAAAAUGCAGCAUCUUUUUAAACGUUCAACUUCCAGUACAUACAGCUACAAGAUAAAACUGGUCAUAUCAUCCCGUUUGACAUUUUGUACUUUUGCAGUUCAGCUCGUUUCUUACUCGACUUUUUCAGGUGCGAAAUUGUGCCGUCUGCUGCAGGGCGUUGUGUACUAGCCAUGCGUCGUUUCGCACCUGCCAUGGGGGAUGCUUCCUACUUGGAGAGUUGAUGAUUUAAAGUAACUUUUUUUAUAAUCUGCUCAUCAUCCACUCUAAGGAAAUGUGAUUAUAGGACUCCAAUAACUAAUAAGUACCAACAGGAUGUCACUCAAGGUUAUUUUGGUUUUAUCAGUGCUCAUGAUAAUUCAUAUUUGGUGGAGUUAACUAGGCCAAACAGGGAUUAGAACCAA